AUGAGUUCAACCAAUGUCCAUGCAUCAUUGAAAUGGGCCAUAUUGACAACAAAAAACAUUUUUGUACAUGAGAUCAAUGAUAUCUUAAUAAACAAAUUUCUAGGUGAAGAAACUGAGUAUAUUAGUCUUGAUGAGACACUUGAUCCAAACGACCAAGCUCAUUAUGAAGAUCUUCUUCACUCUUUAACACCGAAUGGUAUGCCACCACAUCGACUUAUUUUGAAGCAAAAUGCUCCUAUAAUAUUAUUAAGAAACAUGAACCCUACAGAAGGAUUAUGUAAUGAUACAAGACUUUUUUGCAAAGAUUUCGGUAAGAACGUUAUUCGAGCAGAAAUAGCAAUUGGAGAUUUUGCUGGGAAACAAGUAUUUAUUCAUAGAUUACCUUUACAACCAGCCAUAGGUGAAGAAUACACAGUUCCAUUCAAAAGAAUACAGUUUCCAAUAAAACUAUGCUUUGCAAUGACAAUUAACAAAGCACAAGGCCAAACACUAGACUAUGUAGGUAUAUAUCUGAAAGAACAUGUUUUUUCUGAUGGACAAUUGUAUGUUGCCCUAUCACGAGCUAGAAAAAUAGAAAAUAUUAAAGUUGUUAUCAGUGAAUCACAACAUUAUACUGACACACAUAAGACUAAAAACAUUGUUAAAUAUAACGCCAAAGAUUCAAGAAGUUACAAAAUAACAAGAAGGUACACAUCCAAUGUUUACAACACUCAUCAUGAUAGCAGUUAUAUUGAAAGCCAAUUUGAUGUCCCUUGUUGGAAAUCCAUGAAGCAUAUUGAAGUGUACUAA